AUGAAUUCAGAUUUAGUCCAGUUACCUAUUCAUCUACCAUCAUGGUGUCUGGUAAAAAAGGCAUUGCUCUCUCUACAAGAUGUAUGUGUAAAAGAGACCUGUACUACAGAUCAGGUUCUUACAGCAUUAAAUAAAUUAAGUGAGAAAUCAGGUGCUAGUGAAUUAAGUUCUUGGAGUAAAAGACAUUCAAAACCAAGAUCCAAAGAAGGAAAUACAUCAAUAUGGUUUGGUUUUGGGAAUUUUUUGAAGCAAACUGAUGAAAGUGAGAGACUUAGAAUAAUACAUGAACUUUUGCCAGCUAUUUCACAGCUAGCUAUUGAUCUGGAGACCUUCCCAUCCACUGAUAUACAAUUCUCAAAACAACAAACAGAAUCAACAACUACUUUAUCAAGAAGUUUAAUAGCCUCUUUAUUAGCUUGUGGAUUUUUCUCUUUAUACUCUACUAGAGAGAGACAUCAAAGUGGAAAACUAAAUGAAGUCAACUUUAUUUCUUUAUUAAAGAAUCUACCAUUACCAGCUCAGAUAGGUAAAUUACAGUGUAUUCUCAAUUACUUUCAUAAAGUUACAACUAGUGAGAGAGACAGGAUUGGUACUGUCACUUAUACACGUAAAUGUUUAAAAGAACCUAGGAUUCCAGUUAUGGAAGAUUAUCUAACUAGUGAUCAAGAGUUGUGUCCCAUUAUAGUACAUAAUGAAGGAAGAGAUGAGAUUUGUAGAAUGCCCAGAGUUAACAGUAUUCUGUAUAUUGUAGGAAGAGAUGAGAUUUGUAGAAUGCCCAGAGUUAACAGUAUUCUGUAUAUUGUAGGAAGAGAUGAGAUUUGUAGAAUGCCCAGAGUUAACAGUAUUCUGUAUAUUGUAGGAAGAGAUGAGAUUUGUAGAAUGCCCAGAGUUAACAGUAUUCUGUAUAUUGUAGGAAGAGAUCAGAUUUAUAGAAUGUCAAGAGUUAACAGUAUUCUGUAUAUUGUAGGAAGAGAUCAGAUUUAUAGAAUGUCCAGAGUUAACAGUAUUCUGUAUAUUGUAGGAAGAGAUGAGAUUUGUAGAAUGCCCAGAGUUAACAGUAUUCUGUAUAUUGUAGGAAGAGAUGAGAUUUGUAGAAUGCCCAGAGUUAACAGUAUUCUGUAUAUUGUAGGAAGAGAUGAGAUUUGUAGAAUGCCCAGAGUUAACAGUAUUCUGUAUAUUGUAGGAAGAGAUCAGAUUUAUAGAAUGUCAAGAGUUAACAGUAUUCUGUAUAUUGUAGGAAGAGAUCAGAUUUAUAGAAUGUCCAGAGUUAACAGUAUUCUGUAUAUUGUAGGAAGAGAUGAGAUUUAUGGAAUGUCCAGAGUUAACAAUAUUCUGUAUAUUGUAGGAAGAGAUCAGAUUUAUAGAAUAUCCAGAGUUAAUAGUAUUCUGCAUAUUGUAGGAAGAGAUGAGAUUUGUAGAAUGUCCAGAGUUAAUUGUAUUCUGUAUAUUGUAGGAAGAGAUCAGAUUUAUAGAAUGCCCAGAGUUAAUUGUAUUCUGUAUAUUGUAGGAAGAGAUCAGAUUUGUAGAAUGUCUAGAGUUAAUUGUAUUCUGUAUAUUGUAGGAAGAGAUGAGAUUUGUAGAAUGUCUAGUGUUAAUUGUAUUCUGUAUAUUGAAGAGAUCAGAUUUAUAGAAUGUCCAGAGUUAAUAGUAUCACAGUUAUUUAUGGAAUGUAUGGAAGAUAAUGAAGCUAUUGUUAUAUCUGGUUAUAAACAAUAUUCUAAACAUUCUGGUUAUUCUUCUACUUUCACUUUUGAAGGAGAUUUUGAGCCUCAGGAGGAAGGAGAUAAUUUGAUAUGUUGUAUUGAUGCGACAACAUUUCGUAAUAAAGUUAAAAAACUACAGUAUACAGAGAAAUUUAUAUUACGUGAAGUAAACAAAGCAUUAAUAGGCUUCACUGGACAAUCAUUAUUUAGUUGCCAUGGUGAUGAUAUAGAGAAAUUGAAUGGAUCAUCCAGUGAUGAUGAUUUUCAUACAGCGUUAGAAUCAUCAGAUGAUGAUCAGAGCCCAAGAAUUAUUUCUGAAUACGCCAGUCAAAUGUUACAAGGAUUGUUAUCUCAAGCAACCAGAGAAGUCGUGGAAAAAAAUAAAAGUCAUAAGAAAGCCAAAAGAGUCAGUAACAAUGAGCUCAUGGCAGCUGCUGGUAAUAUGGUGAUCAAAACGCAGAUUAUGGAACCACCAAAGGAAGUAUUAAGUGAUGGACAGAUCAUAGUUGGUUCCACAGAACAGCUGAACAAUCAGAAUCAUUUAUUAUCAGCUAAUAUAUUUGAUGGAAUUGAUACUGAAUGUGGUGAUUGGUUACAUAACAUUAGAAGGCGGAGUUCAAAUUUGAGUGACGUGAAUUCAAGGCGGAGUAGUUCUAGUACCAAGCAUAGUUCUGAUGUUAGUAGUGAUUUGGAUGAAUUAUAUGAGUCUUACAUAAAAUCCGAAAAAUCCAAACAUGGGACAAUUCAUGAAGAAUCUUACGAAAAUAUCAACGACUUUGCUGCAAAGCUCAUAUCAUGUUUGAUGCAAGAAGGAACAAGUAAAGCUGCUUCCAUGAUGCCCGGAGUUCAAGACUUUGAUAUAUGUCCUCCUUCAUCUGCUAUCAAACCAAAGGCAUUAAGAGAGCAAAAUGACAAAGAUGCCAAAGAAAUACCAAUUGCUGAAGCAGUGGCUGAGAAAUUAUUCAAAUCAGUUUUUACUCAUGCUGUUUUAGAAGCUGUAUCCAUACUUGGUGCCAAAAAUAACCUUGAUUCUUCUUCCACAAAUGAACAUUCCUUGUCCAUGGACAAAGCCAAAAUCCCAGAUGAAUCUUAUAUCUGGUUUGCUGAUCGAAUUGUACAAGAUGCCUUCUUACAAGCUAGUGCUGAAGUUUCACAACAACCAGAAAUAAAUGUGGAAAAUGCAAACUCAUUGGACUCAAACAUAACAAGUCAACCAAACACAAGAUGGGAUCCAAACCUCAGUCGAGACUCUCUAAGUUCAGGAGAUUCAAAUCCACCACGUCUUUCAAUAAGUUCUGUAGCCGACGAAACCAACCAUAACUCCUCACUUCUUUCAGGUUAUGAUUCUUCAGGAUCAUCAUUAUGUUCUGAUAAUAGACCAUUUUCAGAUCAAAAACCCAAUUAUCGGACUGACAGAAUUCGAAAUUCAUCCAUGAACUCUGAUCACAGUGAUGAUUUAGUGUCUCCAUCAGAUAUCUAUUUAUCAGGUGGGCAGCCAGCCACUGCAAAAGCACACCAACAAGUGUCAGUUACUUUUAAUCUGGAUGAAGCAGCUGCUAAUAUUGUGAAAAAGGUUAUUAAAAGCAUUCCUAGCCGUUUGGAUGAGGAAGAUUUUAAUGCUUCAAAUGUAGCACAAAUGUCAGAUGAUCAUUGCAUUAAAUCUGAAGAAUCUGCUUCACUCAGUGAAAAAAAUAAAACAAAGGACCAUUCACAUAGUGUUACAUUUGCACAAGACAAAUCUAGUCCUUUGCCUUGGUCGAAUUUUAGUAAACGGGAGGAUAGAGGCAAAAGGAAUGACUCUACAAAUUUAGGAAUAUUAACCAAAAAGCUUAGUCGUGAAACGGUUACUAAUGCCUAUUUGAAGGUUGAAAACAAACGGCAUACAAAGAGUUAUGAAAGACGCAGCAGUGAACCAUGUCAUAUUAGUGUUGAACGUUCUUUACAAGCUCUAGAUAACGAAAAAGCUGCCUGUGAUAUGGAUAAGCGAAAUCGAAAAAUUUCCAAAACAGAUGAGGACUUUGACCGUUGCAAAGCAGAUUCUAAAAGACGAGGAUCAUGGGAUGUGCCUUCUGGAAGACGUAGAAGUUCUUGUGGUUUUAUAGAUCCAGUCUUAUCUCAUUUUGCUGAAGAGUUAAUGAAAGCAGAUACAUCGAUUCCACCAUUAAAUAUCUCUCAGAAACCUCCCAGCUCCAGUACUACUGGUUCUCGUAGAAGUAGUAUAAGUGCUUUUAAAGAUCAGGUGCUAGCCAGUUUUGAUAUGGAACUUUUAGGGAGUAGCUUUGACUCAAAAAACGAACCACCUUCUAGUCCUCGACAAAAUUCUUUCCGUAGACGUAGUAGAGAUUCAAGGUUGGUUCGGUCUGAUAGCUCAGACACAGAGUACAUGUGGUUUCCACCUCCAAGGAGAGUGGGUGUGGAAUUUCAAGAAGAUUAUCAACGAUUGCAAAACUAUCAUAGUGUAGAUGAGAUAGUGGACUUUGCAGACAUGAUUGCACAAAAUGUUUUGGAGGAAGCUGUGAUCAUUCUCAAUCGUGAACAGGAAGCUAAUUUAGAAGAAGACUCUAUACGUGAUAUUGAACAGUAUGCUAGUGAAAUAAGUGUGCAUGUGAUAGACUCUGCGUUUUCUAUUUUGAAAAAUCAUGCAAAAGAUUUAAUGAGCUUAUCGAAUUACCGAUCAGACUUUUCCUUAAGUGACCUCCAAAAUGAUUCCUGUGAUGAUUACCAUGAUGCAUUAGAUAUUAAUAUUCAUGUGGUGGAAAAAUUUGCUGAACAAAUGGCUGCAAAAUUGAUGAAAAAUGUAAUGACUCGACUUUAUCGACCAAAACAUAAACUUGAUGAAUUUAUAAGUAAUGGAAGAUUAAUAUCUACUGGUAAUUGGGGAUGUGGUGCUUUCCGUGGUGAUCCUCAUUUAAAGAGUUUAUUACAGUGGAUGGCUGCUUCUAUAGUACACACACCAACAUUACACUAUUUUAUAUUUGGUGAUCCUAGGUUAGUCAAGUUUGAAGAAGUAAUAGAGUUUAUAAAGAAUAAGAAUUGGAGUGUAGGAGAUGUAAUGAAGGUUAUUCUACAGUAUUGUACUAUUAUAUCAGAUGAUGCUGAUUAUUUUGAUGAUGGUUUUAUGCUUCCUUUAACCUUAUUUGAUUAUCUUCUUACCUUUUAG